AUGAUUCAUCAGCGAGGAGCUAAGAAAUUAGUCUUGCUCUUAUUGCUACUACUCGUGCCAUCGUUCCUAGUGCUCAACGCCGUUGGAAAAUCAUCAGAGGCGAAAGGAGGCGAAGGAGAAGGCGAGUCGGUGACGGCAUGCGGCAGUAGCAGCUACAACUACCUCAGCGCGCUGCUGCGGCUGAUGAUCCCGUGCAAGGCGGCGGUGGCGCCCUUCAGCCCGACGCCGCCCAACGAGGAGUGCUGCUCGGCGGUGCGCGAGCUGGGGCAGCCGUGCCUGUGCAUGCUCCUGGCCGGCCCGCUCAUCUCCGGCGCGGACCGCCGGAUGCUCAUGCGCCUCCCCACCACGUGCGCCGCAACCUACGAUGACGAGGGCGGCGCCGCCGGUGACAACAACGACGGCCUGCGUCAAGAUCUGGCCUCGUGUACCGCUACGUAGCAUAGCUACACGUCCCCUGCUGCUUUCUCUUUACGGAGCAUGCGUGCGUGCAUUUGGAUUGCAUGCUUUCUCCUUUUGUGACACAUGAUCCUACUAGCUGCUAGGAUACAAUACAAACAUGGAUACGCAACGCAAGAGUUUAAUCUAAUCUGAGCACCAAUCGGCUACUAGGUCUGGGGCGUCUUUUUUGUUACGUCCGCCUCCUGCUUACUCCACCUUCCCGCAUCUUUUCUCCUUUACGUUUU